CUUACAAUCACCUAAAAAAGAAUUACACAAAGAUAAAGGUACGUUAACGUUUGUUUCGUUUGUUUCUUGGCAAAGACCUUAUUUUUUUUAUAAAUAAAUCCGCUAGAAAAAUGUUUCUCGAUUUUUUCAAAACAAAUUUAAAUUACACUAAAAUACAUUAGAAAAAUUAGAAAAAUCAAAUUUUAAACAUCAUAACAAUUUAUCUUUUUUGAAUUUUUAUACAAAUCAUAAUUUCAUUAAAAAUGCAACAAGAAAAAAUUCCAACGAUUAUUAUUGUCGGUGCAGUUCUAGGAGGACUUUCUCUUUAUCAUGCCUUGAUAAAGAACAAGGACAAAAAAGAAUUCAACGUAAAAAUCUUUGAACGUAAAACUAGUCCUACAAAUCGAUGGCAAGAUCAUAUAGGCUUGUUUAAUUAUGGAGUUCGAUCUCUUUUAAACUGUGUUCUAUCCUCGAUCACUUCAAACCUUCCAAAAGCAAUACCAAAUCCAAUUCCCGAUGUAGAAACUUAUGGAAUAACUAUCACUGAUCAAAUAGGAAAUGUUUUACUUACCCCUCCAACUAAACCAUUUAAAGAUGUUUAUGAAAUCGCAAAAAUAUCUCAUGGUCUAUCAUCAAUUAUAAUAUACUUAGAGAUGUUUUAUUAGAAGGUGUACCAGUUCAAUAGAAUAGAAAAUGUAUUAAAUAUGUAGAGACUUAAGAAGGAGUUUGGGUAUUUUUUGAAGAUGAUUCACAAAAAUUUUGUAAUAUUUUAGUUGGCGCAGAUGGAAUUAAUUCUCCAAGUAAGUAGU